AGGUCUGCCUCGCCUGUCUGCUGUCUGUCUUAUUCUGAUUUUUCUUCGAAGUAGGAAGUUGGAAGUUCCUCUGCGAAGAAAUACUACUUCUUAGGUUACCUUAAUAACUUUAAUUUAUCAAAAUGCCUAAAUUCCCUGGAACAAGUAUUGCUAGCCUGAAACAGAGGAAAGAGUUGAUUCCUGUUUGGCUCUGCAUUGGUGUUGGAUUCCUCUUGUCUGGCGGUUACACCUUAAGAUUGGCUCUGAAGAACCCUGAUGUUACAUGGAACAGGACUAGCAACCCAGAGCCAUGGCAAGAAUAUGAACAUAAGAACUACAAGAUCAUCAACCCCAUCGAAAGGAAGAUUGGCACUGAUGCUCCUAAGUUUUAAUUCCACUGCUGUCUAGAAGAUUAAUUAGAAAAGUAAAAUGCUCAUCCACUGGUCGUUGAGGUCUUUUAUUCCAAUAAGCAUCCAUCUAAUGUUCAGCAUUGAAUUCCUGUUUCUUUAAAGUUAUUGUACAUAUGGUAUGAGCUUGAAAAUAAAAUUUUAAC